AUGGCCUCUGCGACGACCGCCGCGGCGUCGAAGACGGUUCGUCUAUUCGAUCCAACGACGGCCGUAACAUCGCGUGCUGUACGAUUCCCAAACACAAAUGGGAAGGUGAUUCAAGGCAAACCCCGUUUUCCCAAUUCCCAGGCAGCCAAAGCCUUCGGAGAGCAGGAGACCGUUAGGCUAAAGAAAGCCCUUCAACAAAUCACCCAUGGCAAGAAUAUUUUCGCCUACAACAACUUCCGCACUAACCAGGUGGUCUACUCGCUCUCUCGUUCCCUAGAUUACCAAAACGUCCUACGCCAGCUUAUCUACCAUGGUAAGAAGACAGUUCCUGCCAGUCUUCGCAAGGACAUGUGGGUUCCAUACUUCUCGAUCCAUUUCCCUACUUCAGCGCUUGGUCUCGAAGCCUACAAGCUACUACGAGAAUUUUCUUUACGACGACAGCUUGAACCACCAACGGAGAUAAUUACAAAUUCUAAAGAGACACUGGCACGGAAACGGCCGCGAGAUCCAGCUGAGGCUAAGAAAUGGGACGAGAAAUGGGCUUCUCGAAUGGGCCAUAUAAUGGCGAAGAAAGACCGUGCAAGGGUGUUGAUGGACCAGAAAGCUACUAGCAUUGCGGACGCUGCUGCUGUUUUGACCAUCCAAGCUGAACGUGAGAAGCGGGAGCAAGCGAAGGAGGGGAGCGAAGGAGAAGAAGGAGCAGUAGCAGAUGAGGACGGGAAGCCAAAGGAGAAGAAGCUGUCCAACAGGACGAGACGGCGUGUGAUACGGGCGCAGAAACGACAGGAGGCACAUGAAGAAAAACUUCGACAGCGAAUUGAAGAGCUUGAGAAAUCCAUGUCUAACAGAGGUAUUGAAGCUAAAAUUGAUAGGGAAGGUGAACUGUCAGACUACAAGGUUGGCGAGGGCGAGGUUAAACUUCUCUGGACGGAUCUGCAGGACGCACAGUAUGCACGCUCGUGGCCCGAUGUCGUCCAGCACGGAGAGCUUGAACCAAAUCGGGAGCAUAUCAUCAGCCAUACCCUGAAACGAGACAAGGGCGACCGUUUUUCGUCGUUGGAGCAGAAACUCCUCGAAAGUGAGGCCUCGACGGGUACCCCGACCGAUCCCCCCUCCGAGGAGCCAGCUAAGAAGGGAUUGAGCUUCUGGAAGAACUAG